CUGCAAGGUGGCGGAGGACGCAGCUAGCUCCACUAGAGGGCGCGCGCCCCAGGCAGGGCGCGCGCCCUAGGCGACCUUCCAGCGCUCACGCGUCCUGCCGCGAGGAGGGGGAGGCGAGCUCCGUGCUCUGCCCCGCGCGGCCCCGCCCCCGCCGCAGGCUAGCGGAUCCCGCAGCGGGCGCCCCCAGUGGCCGGGGCGGGAAGCGAAGGGGCCGGACGGCGGUCCCGCCGGGCCAGUCUCUUGUCACGCCGUUCUUAAUACCUCUCCUGGCCUCCUUCAGACCUUCGAGGCCGCAGCCUGUGUCACCCAACCGGGAGUUUGUCCCCGAGCGCGGGGGCAGGACAUAAAUGCGGGACAGGUCAGCAGUUCGAGCUUGCCCAGCACGAGAGAAAGGUGACCAGGUGCCCCCGUCCCGGCAGGCGUCGUCUCCCCCGCCAGCCGUCGGGUCAGCUCUGCGCUGCCCCCAGCUCCUCACGGGUUAACCCCCCUCGCCGCCCGCUCGCGUCCCGGUGCCAAAGUGGGUGUUGCUGGAAUUCCUCUCUCCCUCUCCCGUAAUGAGGGGGCUGAGCUGUCCCUCCGAGGAGGGGGCAUGAUGUAGAUAAAAGAGACGAAAAAACAGGGGGAAGUUUCCAAAAAUAAAAGCGUCCGUCUCCCCUUCAGAAGGCCGCAGAGACCGGGAGAAGGCGCGAAAAGUGCAGCGGCGGUGCGCACCCGGCUGGAGACGAGCGGACGCCAGGCUCGGGGCGCCCAGCCCCGGAGCGCUCACGCCGCCCAGCCCUCGCCCGGGGAAGGCUGGCUCGGAGCCCCUAGACCAGGAGUAGCGGGCCGCCGGCAGGGGAGCGGAGCGCAGGCGCCGCAAGCCCCCGGGGCUGUUCCCCGCGCUCACCGCUCUCCAGUCGCCCCCGGAGCCAUGAGGCCCCCGACCACCCACCGCUGCACCGGGCGCGCCCUGCGGAACCCCUGCGGGAGCCUCCUGGCCCUCACCCUGGCUCUCUUCGUGGGCAUGGGUCACGCUCAGAGGGACCCAGUGGGAAGAUACGAGCCGGCUGGCAGGGAGGCGAACCGGCUGCGGCGCCCCGGGGGCAGUCACCCCGCCGCGGCUGCGGCCAAGGUGUACAGUCUGUUCCGAGAGCAGGACGCGCCCGUCCCGGGCUUGCCGCCCACGGAGCGGGCCCAACUCGGCUGGGGGAGCGCCCGGAGGCCCGCCAACGCGCUGGCCAGGAGGCCGCCCCGCGCGCAGCAGCCGCGCCGAGCCCAGCCACCUGCGCAGACCUGGAGAAGCAGUCCCCUGGGCCAGCAGCAGCCCGCAGUCCGCGCCCGGGCCGCCCCGGCUCUCCCGCGCCUCGGAACCCCGCAGCGGCCCGGGGCUGCGCUCCCAACCCCGCCGCGAGGGCGACUUACGGGGAGGAAUGUCUGCGGGGGACAGUGCUGCCCGGGAUGGACGACGGCGAACAGCACCAACCACUGUAUCAAACCUGUGUGCCAGCCGCCCUGCCAGAACCGGGGAUCCUGUAGCCGGCCCCAGCUCUGCGUGUGCCGCUCCGGCUUCCGGGGAGCCCGCUGCGAGGAGGUCAUUCCUGAGGAGGAAUUUGACCCCCAGAACUCGAGGCCAGCGCCCCGGCGCUCAGCCGAGGGGUCACCCAACCCACGCAGGAGCAGUGCAGCCAGAGAAAGCACCACGACACCCAGAACACGCUCACUGGCCUCGCAGCUGCCGCCGGCCAGGACCCUGAGUGGGCUCAGCCAGACGCAGCCCUCCCAGCAGCAUGUGGGGUUGUCCCGGAUGGCCCGGCUUUACCCAACCACCGCAGCCAGCGGUCAGCUCACCUCCAAUGCCCUGCCCGCAGGGCCAGGCCUUGAGCGGAGGGAUGGCACCCAGCACGCGGCGUAUCUGGACCACCCGUCAUCCCCCUGGGGGCUGAACCUCACUGAGAAAAUCAAGAAGAUCAAGAUCGUCUUCACUCCCACCAUCUGCAAGCAGACUUGUGCCCGCGGGCACUGCUCCAACAGCUGUGAACGCGGCGACACCACCACCCUGUAUAGCCAGGGUGGCCACGGGCAUGACCCCAAGUCUGGCUUCCGAAUCUAUUUCUGCCAGAUCCCCUGCCUAAACGGAGGCCGCUGCAUCGGCAGGGAUGAGUGCUGGUGCCCCACCAACUCCACUGGGAAGUUCUGCCACCUGCCGGCCCCGAAUCUGGACAAGGGGCCUCCCGAGAGGGGCUCCCGCCACAGGGCCCUGCUGGAAGGCCCCUUGAGGCAGUCCACCUUCACAUUGCCUCUCUCCAACCAGCUGGCCUCCGUGAACCCCUCCUUGGUGAAGGUGCACAUUCACCACCCGCCGGAGGCCUCUGUGCAGGUCCACCAGGUGGCACGGGUGCGGGGCGAGGCCCCGGAGGAGAACAGCGUGGAGACCAGACCCUCGCCCCGGCUCCCCGCCAGCCCCCGCCACAGCCACUGGGACAGCAACAGCAUCCCCGCCCGGUCUGGAGAGGCCCCUCAGCCCCCGCCCCCAGCAGCACCCAGGCCUCCGGGACUGCUGGGCCGCUGUUAUCUGAGCUCUAUGAACGGACAGUGUGCCAACCCCUUGCUGGAGCUGACUGCCCAAGAGGAUUGCUGCGGCAGUGUGGGAGCCUUCUGGGGGGUGACCUCGUGUGCCCCGUGCCCACCCAGACCAGCCUCACCGGUGGUUGAAAAUGGCCAGCUGGAGUGUCCCCAAGGGUACAAGAGACUGAAUCUCACUCACUGCCAAGAUAUCAACGAGUGCCUGACCCUGGGCCUGUGCAAGGACUCGGAAUGCGUGAACACCAGGGGGAGUUACCUAUGCACCUGCAGGCCUGGUCUCAUGCUGGACCCGUCCAGGAGCCGCUGUGUGUCCGACAAGGCCGUCUCCAUGCAGCAGGGGCUGUGCUACCGGUCACUGGGGGCUGGCACCUGCACCCUGCCUUUGGCCCAGAGCAUCACCAAGCAGAUCUGCUGCUGCAGCCGAGUGGGCAAAGCUUGGGGCAGCAAGUGUGAGAGAUGCCCCCUCCCUGGCACAGAGGGCUUCCGGGAGAUCUGCCCUGCUGGCCACGGCUACACCUACUCGAGCUCACAUAUCCGCCUGGCCAUGAGGAAAGCCGAGGAGGAGGAAUUGGCCAGGCCCUCCAGGGAGCAAGCGCAGAAGAGCUAUGGGACCCUGCUCAGGCCAGCGGAGAGGCAGCCACUCCGGGCAGUCACUGACACCUGGCUGGAGGCCGAGACCGUCCCUGACAAGGGAGACUCCCAGGCUGGCCAGGUCACAACCAGUGUUACCCAAGUACCUGCCUGGGUCCCAGGCAAUGCCACAGAAAGACCAACACCACCACUGCCUGGACAGGAGAUUCCAGACAACCCGGAAGAAGAGCGAGUGACCACCCCCCAUGACGGGCUGGAGGCCCCGGGCCCCUCAGGCAUUGACCGGUGCGCCGCUGGAGCCACCAACAUCUGCGGCCCUGGAACCUGCGUGACCCUCCCGGACGGGUACAAAUGCAUCUGCAGCCCCGGCUACCAGCUGCACCCCAGCCAGGCCUACUGCACAGAUGACAACGAGUGUCUGAGGGACCCCUGCGCUGGAAGAGGGCGAUGUGUCAACCGAGUGGGUUCCUAUUCCUGCUUCUGCUACCCUGGCUACACGCUGGCCACCUCGGGAACAACGCAGGAAUGUCAAGACAUAGACGAGUGUGAGCAGCCAGGGGUGUGCAGCGGGGGACAAUGCACCAAUACAGAGGGUUCGUACGACUGCCAGUGUGACCAGGGCUACAUCAUGGUCAGGAAGGGACACUGUCAAGAUAUCAACGAAUGCCGUCACCCUGGCACCUGCCCGGAUGGGAGAUGCGUCAACUCCCCCGGCUCCUACACUUGCCUAGCCUGCGAGGAGGGCUACAGGGGCCAGAGCGGGAGCUGUGUAGAUGUAAAUGAAUGUCUGACCCCUGGGGUCUGCGCCCAUGGAAAAUGCAUCAACCUGGAGGGCUCCUUUAGAUGCUCUUGUGAGCCGGGCUAUGAGGUCACCUCAAAUGAGAAGGGCUGCCAAGAUGUCGAUGAGUGUGCCAGCCGGGCCUCGUGCCCCACGGGCCUCUGCCUCAACACUGAGGGCUCCUUUACCUGCUCCGCCUGCGAGAGUGGGUACUGGGUGAAUGAAGACGGCACUGCCUGUGAAGACCUAGACGAGUGCGCCUUUCCGGGAGUCUGCCCCUCAGGAGUCUGCACCAACACCGCCGGCUCCUUCUCCUGCAGGGACUGUGAGGAGGGUUACCGGCCCAGCCCCCUGGGCCACACCUGCGAAGAUGUGGAUGAGUGUAAAGACUUCCAGAGCAGCUGCCUGGGAGGCGAGUGCAAGAACACGGCUGGCUCCUAUCAGUGCCUCUGUCCCACAGGCUUCCAGCUGGCCAAUGGCACCACGUGUGAGGAUGUGGACGAGUGCGUGGGAGAGGAGUACUGUGCACCCCGCGGCGAGUGCCUCAACAGCCACGGGUCCUUCUUCUGUCUCUGCGCACCGGGCUUCGCCAGCGCCGAGGGGGGCACCAGCUGCCAGGAUGUGGACGAAUGUGCAGUCACAGACCGGUGUCUGGGAGGACACUGUGUCAACACUGAAGGCUCCUUCAACUGUCUGUGUGAAACCGGCUUCCAGCCCUCCCCAGAGAGCGGGGAGUGUGUGGAUAUUGACGAGUGUAAGGACCACGGCGACUCGGUAUGUGGGGCCUGGAGGUGUGAGAACAGCCCUGGCUCCUACCGCUGUGUCCUAGCCUGCCAGCCUGGCUUCCACAUGGCUCCGACUGGAGACUGCAUUGACAUAGACGAGUGUGCCAACGACACCAUGUGUGGGAGCCACGGCUUCUGCGACAACACUGAUGGCUCCUUCCGCUGCCUCUGUGACCAGGGCUUCGAGACUUCGUCCUCCGGCUGGGAAUGUGUUGACGUGAACGAGUGUGAGCUCAUGCUGGCGGUGUGUGGGGCGGCGCUCUGUGAGAAUGUGGAGGGCUCUUUCCUGUGCCUCUGUGCCAGUGACCUGGAGGAGUACGACGCUCAGGAGGGGCACUGCCGCCCGCGGAUGGCUGGAGGUCGGACUAUUCCUGAGGCCCCGCCAGGGGACCACCCCCCGGGCCCCAUCCGCAUGGAGUGCUACUCUGGGCAGAAUGACCAGCUGCCCUGCUCCAGCCUUCUGGGCCGGAACACCACACAGGCCGAGUGCUGCUGCACUCAGGGUGCCAGCUGGGGAGACGCCUGUGACCUCUGCCCAGCUGAGGACUCAGUGGAAUUCAGCGAGAUCUGCCCUAGUGGUAAAGGCUACAUCCCUGUGGACGGAGCCUGGAUGUUUGGACAGACCACGUACACAGAUGCGGACGAGUGUGUGAUGUUCGGGCCUGGGCUCUGCCAGAACGGCCGGUGCCUCAACACGGUGCCUGGCUACAUCUGCCUGUGCCAUCCCGGCUACCACUACAAUGCCGUCCACAGGAAGUGUGAGGAUCAUGACGAGUGCCAGGACAUGGUCUGCGAGAACGGUGAGUGUGUGAACACUGAAGGCUCUUUCCACUGCUUCUGCAGCCCCCCGCUCACCCUGGACCUCGGCCAGCAGCGCUGCGUGAACAGCACCGGCGGCACGGAGGACCUGCCUGACCAUGACAUCCACAUGGACAUCUGCUGGAAAAGAGUCACCAAUUAUGUGUGCAGCCAACCCCUGCACGGGCGCCGCACCACCUACACAGAAUGCUGCUGUCAGGAUGGCGAGGCCUGGAGCCAGCAGUGUGCCCUGUGCCCCCCCAGGAGCUCUGAGGUCUACGCUCAGCUGUGCAACGUGGCCCGGAUCGAAGCCGAGCGGGAGGCUGGAGUCCACUUCCGGCCAGGCUAUGAGUACGGCCCCGGGCCCGAGGACCUGCAUUACAGCCUCUACGGCCCAGACGGGGCCCCCUUCUACAACUACCUGGGUCCCGAGGACACCGUCCCAGAGCCACCCUUCCCCAACACAGCCAGCCGCCCAGGGGACCACCUACCAGUUCUUGAGCCCCCCCUGCAGCCCUCAGAACUCCAGCCCCACUACGUGGCCAGCCACCCAGGUCUGUGUUGCUGCAAAAAUGGGGAAGCAGCGGGCACCAAAAUGGUUUCACUGCCAUCUCCUCUACCUACUAAUCGCUGCCAGCGGGGUGAGGCCCGGGGAGGGAAAAGACCCAGCCAGCCCUCUCACAGGUCACUCAAGGGACAACUCCAAAUGCCUGGGUCAGACCCAAACAACUCUGAUGAGCCAAAGAGGUACAGGACAGGACACCAUCCCAACCUCAAAAACUUCCCUGUGGGGGUUGAGAGAGCAAGAGAAAGCAGGUACACUCCGGUCCGUCUCUCUCCCUCCAUACCACCCACGGUGUGCAGAAUAACCUGGUCUACAGGCUCACACUCGUGACCUGAAAUGUGCAUUCAGGAUUUCUAAUCACUUUAGAGGCCCACUGUGGUGACUCGGUUUGUAAGUGGCAAGGACCCCAGCAUAUAGGACUUGAAUUCUAAUGAAGAAGUCAGGCCUGGCACCUGUGCAACGGAUGUGGUAGCUGCCCCAGGCACAGGCCACUGUACCAGACAAAGGCUUCACGGGGACUAGGGAUACGGUCUUUCUCAGGGGUUGGGACCUGCUUAAAGAGGAGAGGGUUAAGCAGAUACCUAAGUUUUGCUUCGUGUUGGGUGAGGGUAAUCCCCUUUUGCUGCCAGUCUCCUCCCCACAAAAACCAUCUAAAGAUUUUAACCACCACCAACCACAAAACCAACACUAUAUAGACACCCACCUGCUCGGGAACCCUGGCACUAUGAGAGCAAGGAGUCUCAACCUUCCCGGAGCUAACAUUUAAAGUACCGCAGGUCUCCGCCACCAUAAAGUAAUGACACAUAAUUAUCUCUUAAGGGUAGUGCCUUUUGUUUUAGCAUCUCUGUGAGAGUUUUAGACCCUCCCAACCCUGACCUUAGGAAUCCAAAAGGAGCAACCUUCAUAGUGGAGGGUGAGGCUCCCAAGGCUGGGUGCAAGGCCUCAGCUUCCUUCUGACUCCC